AUGAAGUUUUCGACUCUGAUUGUGCCUUCCGCAUUUCUGUACAGCCUUUGUGUUGUCGAUGGAUCAUCUCUCCGAGAAAAGAAAGUCAAAGGCGACACCUUUGAUCCCCAUCGACAGCUGUUACGGCAAAGAAAGGAUGUGCCAUUUAAUCACGUCUUGAAAGCCACAUUCAAGCUUGCACGCCAAUCGUCUUAUUCGUUUCCUGCGGAUCCAUCUUUGCCCACAUUGUCGCCUGUUCCAGUGCCACCGGUCCCAUCACCUUCUGCGUUGACAAAAACCAACCAAAAUGAAGCAACAGGGGGGCCCUUACCCACUUUUCCGCCAUCGCCAUUACCAACCCCAAAACCGACGCCCAAACCCACUCGAACGCCGACAAAGAAUCCAACUCCAGAACCAACAAAACCGCCCACACAAAAGCCGUCGAAAAAUCCAACUCCAGAACCAACAAAGCAGCCCACACAAAAGCCAACUCCGGUGCCACCAACAACCAGUCUCACGACUAUUGGAAACAACGGAGUCCCAGAGAAUGUAUUUCCUCUAGGCAUGUGCUAUGGAGAUUGCGAUAGAGAUUCUGACUGUCAGUCUGGUCUGAAAUGCAUGGAGCGCGGCGCUUUUGAAAAGGUUCCAGGUUGUAAUGGCAAUGGAGCAGCUGGCACUGAUUACUGUUUCGAUCCAUCCAAGACCGACGCACCAUCAGAUAAACCCACGCCUGCUCCAGUUACAGCAAAGCCGACAUCACAGGGACUAGGAGACCCUAACCACAAUUUCAUGAUGCGACUGUAUUGGUCAAUUGACUACUUUUGGCAAGAGACUAAGAAAGAGGCUUGGUGGUGCAUGGAAUGCACGAAAUGUGACGAAUAUUCGUUGGGCGACGGACCGAAUCAUGGAUGCGUUACUCCUGGAAGUAGAAGUAGUUCCUGUGCAACUGGGCACUUGAUCUGGAUUAGAAAAUGCACAGAUACGCGAAGGAAGUUCGAAUGGAACAUUGUGAACAAUCCAGGAUCCGGAGAUCAAAUUCGAGCAGACGGUACCAACUUGUGUUUUCAUACGGUUGACAAUCGAUACCUUGAGAUUCAGCCAUGUGAUAACACAAGAAGUGAGCAGCUCUUCAUGCCGAUCGCCGACUUGGACAGAUUCGAGCUGAGACCUUACUCUCAGCGAAGGUGGUCACGCAACGAUGCGAUUUGCCUGACUCAAAUGCAUCAUCCAAAGGAGAAAGAACUUGUUGGAAUGCAGCCCUGCCGCCGAGCCCUGGGUCACGAGACCCUCUACUGGGAGGAAUUUCAACGGUAG